AUGGUGCUCACCCCUAAAAGAACCAUCAUUAGGGCCCAAAAUCUCGAGUCCUUCCUCAGCUCGUGUGGAGGCUCGAAGAAUAUUUUAAUAGCCGAUGACAGCAAGAGCCCGAAAAUGGGGAACACAAGCCCAGAGCCCAUAGAGCCCAACGAACCUAAGAGCAAAAACGGGAUUUCGGGCUUGUUUAAGGAGGCGAGCCGUGGAAGGGCAAACGAGUGCCUUGAUGAUGACCCAAUGCUUGUGGACCUACGUGUCGAUAUUCUGUGGCUCGAGGACUUGCUUAGGGUUCGGUCGAGGACUGCAAAGGGCUCGGUUUUUUGUGGUUCGGUUGACUUGUUAUUAUUGAUGUUGGGUUGUUUGGACCCUUCUUGCAUGCGGACAAGUGGCGUUCGUGGCAAACAAAAUCGGCUCUUGGCUUACGAGCCCGAUUUUCCCUCUGAUCCACUUCAAAUUCAGGCUCUUCAAAUCCAAGCCGUCGAUCAGAACCUGACCAGCAUCCGGAUCGUAAAACCUCUCAACCAAACUGAUAACAGUCGAUUUCCCACUCCCACUUUGGCCCACCAAUGCAGCAGUUUUCCCACUGGGCACGUGCAGACAAAAGCCCGAAAAUAUCUGCACUUCGGGCCUGGCUGGAUACCUGAAGUAAACAUCCUUCAGCUCAAUUUCGCCAAUCAUAUCCUCCAGCACAGCCCCUUUGGUUUGGGCCGCGUCUAUUUUGGGCCUGCGUUUGAUGGUCUCGAACAUCUUGUAGGCUGCGGCCCGGCCCGCUGCAAAUGCAUUCAUGCAUGGAGAAGUCUGGCCGAGUGCCCUAUGAUUAUGCUCACGCAAGCAGCAGCCGCCACAAGAACAGGAAUUGUUGAAAACAGAACAAUCGCUAGCCGCCAUCCUUUGACAAAAGCAAGAAGGAAGCCUCCGAAGAAAGUCGACAUAUUCUGA